CCCUAGAUCCCUUAAGUAGGUUAGGAAAAGGCGAUCUGACCCAGAAGUAGGGGGCCCCCCGGGAGCCCGCCGCUGCCCUCCCCCUGUGGCUGGCGUGACUCAGCCCGGGAAGCUUUGCCAGGUUCCCCGGCCAGCUGACAAAGGAGGGAGUGUCUGGAACCAGCCUGUGGGAGGGAUAGAGAGUCUCCUUUCACUUUUCCUCCCACUCCGGGGCACCCUGAAAAUCUCUUUUCUGGAUCAGAAUGGGCCCCACCCGAUCCACCCUGACCUAAGGCUUCUUGACUUGGAGAAAGGAGUGGAUCUGGGGCACCCAGCGGAGCCGGUUUGAGUUCCCAGGCUGGAAAAGGGGGACCAUCUAGGGACGCCAUGGCUCCAAAACGGAAGUGUCCGGUGCAGCCCGAGGACCUCAGGAAGAGAAAGAAGAAGGGGCAGCAGGGCGGUGGAGGGGAGGAAGACAACUUCGGCUCCCCCGCAGAGGAGCGCACAUGCCGCGUGGACCCCCUCUGCCCACUGAGCCAAAACCCUGACACCCAGGUACACGAGGACUAUGAUUGCACCUUGAACCAAACCAGCAUCGGGUGCAAUCAUAACAAGUUCUAUAUCAUCCAGUUGUUGACCAAGGGCAGUGGUUUCGUGUGCUGGAACCGCUGGGGCCGGGUGGGAGAGGUGGGCCAAUCCAAGAUCUCCCCCUUCGCCUGCCUGGAAGAUGCAAAGAAGGAUUUCGAGAGGAAAUUUCGGGAAAAGACCAAAAACAACUGGGCACAGCGAGACCGGUUUGUGGCCCGCCCUGGCAAGUACACACUUAUCGAAGUACAGGCAGACCGAGAGUCCCAGGAAGCGGUCGUGAAGGUGGACGGAGGCCCAGGGAAGAGCCUGGUGGUGUCCAAGCCCUGCUCCCUGGACCCCGCCACCCAGAAACUCAUCCUCAACAUCUUUAGCAAGGAUAUGUUCAAGAACGCCAUGACGCAGAUGCAUCUGGACGUGAAGAAGAUGCCCCUGGGGAAACUGAGCAAGCAGCAGAUUGCCAAGGGCUUCGAGGCCUUGGAGGCCCUAGAAGUGGCUUUGAAAGCCCCCCCUGCCCGCAGCCCCGGCCUGGAAGAGCUGUCCUCCCAUUUCUACACCAUCAUCCCCCACAACUUUGGCCGCCGCAGGCCUCCGUCCAUCGACUCCCUGGAGAUGGUGCAGGCCAAGAAGGACAUGUUGCUGGUGCUGGCAGACAUCGAGCUGGCCCAGGCCCUCCAGGCGGCCCCUGGGAAGGAGGAAGUGGGGGAGACACCGCCGCACCCCUUGGAUCAGAACUACCAGCUCCUCCGAUGCCAGCUGCAGCUGCUGGAGCCUGAGGAGCCCGAGUACAAGGUGAUACGGACCUACUUAGAACAGACCGGAAGCAGCCCCAGGUGCCCCGCUCUGAAGCAUGUCUGGAGGGUGGACCGAGAAGGGGAGAAGUGCAGGUUCCAGGCCCACGCCGCGCUGGGGAACCGGAGGCUGCUCUGGCACGGGACCCAGGUGGCGGUGGUGGCUGCGGUCCUCACCCAGGGGCUGCGCAUCAUGCCCCACUCGGGCGGCCGCGUGGGCCGGGGCAUCUACUUCGCCUCGGAGAACAGCAAGUCAGCCUCGUAUGUUUCUCCAGUGCGCUGUGGCACCCACCAAGUGGGUUACAUGUUUCUGGGCGAGGUGGCCCUAGGCAAAGAAUACCACAUCACCACGGAUGAGCCCGGCUUGAGACGCCCCCCGCCCGGCUUCGACAGUGUCAUUGCCAGAGGCCACACGGAACCUGAUCCAGCCCUGGACAUCGAGCUGCAGCUGGAUGGGCAGAAAGUGUCUGUGCCCCAGGGCCGGCCCCGGCCUUGCCCGGAGUUCAGCAGCUCCAGCUUCUCCCAGAGCGAGUACCUCAUCUACCGGGAGAGCCAGUGCUGCCUACGCUACCUGCUGGAAGUUCACCUCUGAACCGCCUGCCUGCCUUGCUGGGGACUGGAGUGACCGCGAAGAAUAUAACACGCGACAGGCCCAUUGUCAUCCACCUGUCAUCCCAGCUAGUCAGGGCACUGAGCGAGAGAAUCGCGUGAGCCCAGGAGUUCAAAGCCCCACAAAGACCCAUCUCAAUCAGUCAAUCAAUCAAUCAACCAAUC